ACGCAUAGUGCUACCUUGAGAGUCGGUGAGUAAUAAUCGCGUCAUAUUCCAGUCGAGUGUUCAUCAAGCAAGUAAUUUCUCGCAUGAGAGUUAUACGCGCCUGAGUAAAAGAAAGUUACAUACAAGUGAAGUCAACUAUGUCGCUGGUUAAGAGGAUUUCCUACGAGGAAGAAAAGAAAAAAAAUCCCGAGUUGAAAGAUUCCGAUAUACAAAUUCUAAAGGACUGGGCCAUGAAACAGUCGCAUCUUCCGAAAAUUUUAGACGUUGAAUACGUAUUGUUCUUGCACAGUAAUUACUAUCGUAUUGAGGCUGCUAAGAACACCAUUGAAGAAUAUUACACUUCCAGGACUCACAUGCCAGAAUUUUUCUCCGACAGGGAUCCACUUGGGACAAAGCAAUUGCGAGAGAUAUUCAAAGUUGUGGCGUCGAUGACACUGCCAAUGACAACGAAGGAAGGAUACAAACUUGUUUAUUCGAGAUUAAUAGAUUAUGAACCGUCACGUUUUGUUUAUAACGACGUCAUGAAGUACUUUUCUAUGGUGGUUGACUUGUGGUUGUACACCGAAGGGACCGCCGAGGGUCAUAUAAUUAUUAUAGAUAUGGCAGAUGUUACCUUCGCACAUGCUGGCCGUCUUAGUCCCAUGGGGAUUAAGAGAUAUCUUUAUUAUUUACAAGAAGCUAUACCAAUCAGACUUAAAGGUCUGCACUUUAUUAACACCAACGCAGUCAUGGAUAUCAUUUUGUCGAUGAUGAAGCCGUUUAUGAAAAAAGAGUUAAUGGAGGUGUUACAUAUUCACCCCACGAACUCAACGAAGGACACGCUGGCAACGUUUGUGCCACUGGAAGCAUUCCCUUGCGAUAUAGGUUUAGGUGGAAAAGCUAAACCGUUGAAAGAACAACAGGAGGAGAUAUUAAAAAAGAUAGAAGAUCAUCGUGAAUGGUAUCUACAAGAUGAAAUCACGGGUCGUGUAAACGAAGCAUUAAGAGUAGGCAAAAGCAAGACGAUGGAUUUGUUCGGGGUCGAGGGAAGUUUCAAGAAACUAGAUAUAUCGACUUAUCGCGUGCGCAGUAGCGAUAUUCUGUGCUGUGUUACCAACAUUUGUAGGACAGAUCCACCUGUGAAUAACCGGUUAAGGAACAACUGGUCAAGGUCGAUCAGAGCACCGAUGUCUGCACUACCGACUCGAUAUGUUAGUAUAGAAGAAGAGUGCAAGCGAAAUCCGGAACUCAAGAUGUCAGAUCUGCAAAUGUUAAAGGAUUGGAUGGAAAAGCAGCCUCAUCUGCCACGAAUAGAGAUGGUGUAUCUUGUUAUGUUUCUGCACAGUAACUAUUAUCGCAUAGAGCCGACCAAGAAGACGAUAGACAAUUUUUUUACCAUAAGAACGCUUUUGCCAGAAGUGUUCUGUAAUAGAGAUCCAAUCGCGUGGAAAGAAUUGCGAAAGGCCUUCUCUGUCAUAGCAGCUGUGCCAUUAGAGGAAAAAACUAAAGAAGGAUACGUCAUGACACUUGUCAGAUUUCUGGAUCCGAAUCCGAAUAAAUUCGAUCAUUUCGAGUGCACUAAGUAUCUGCUUAUGACGUGCGAGGUUCAAAAUGUGGUGCAUGGCACCAGCGAGGGAUUGGUUGUUAUUCUUGACGCAGCUGGCCUGUCUUUCAGCCAUGUCGCUGCUAUGAAUUUAAUGGGAUUAAAAAAAGUUUUAUUCUAUAUACAAGAAGCUGCUCCGGUUCGAUUGAAGGCCUUACACGUACUGAACGCUAUGCCCAUAGUAGAUACGUUUUUGAAUUUGUUAAAACCCUUCAUAAAGAAGGAAAUGAUGAAUCUUCUGCAUUUUCAUUCAAACAUGGAAACCGUGAAGAAAUAUCUACCUAUCAAAGCUUUGCCAAACGAGUACGGUGGGAAAGCGGGACCUAUCGAAGAAAUAGCAGCUAAGCAUAUCCAAUUGUUGGAAGAAUUUCGCGAUUACUUUCAGUAUGACGAAGCUAAUGGACGAGUGAACGAAUCUUUGCGAGUUGGCAAAUGCGAAAGUGCGGAAAAUCUAUUCGGUGUAGACGGUAGCUUUAAAAAGUUGGAGCUAGAUUAAUCAGUUGAAUUUAAAUUUCUUCAAAAAAAUUUUUAAUAUUUUGUGUGUCCCCUCUCUCUCUCUCUCUCUUUCUCUCUCC